GGGUCCCGAAAGGGGCCAGCCCCGGCCGUUCUCGCGUCUCUGCCGGCCCUCUGCGGGCCGCUCCGGCCGGUGUUUUGCCCGGGCGCCUCCGUGCGCUCGGCCAACGGCCUCUGACAGCGCUCACCAGAGCGCCCCGGGCGCCGGCGGGCGGCGGCCCCAGCCGGUGUCCCUCCAGCGGGCCGAGGGGGACAAGAGUGACUCUAAAUCCAGGACAUACACAUUGAAGCAAGUUCAAGUAUUUACUAUGAAGCACAGAAGCAGAUAGUGCCAAAUAGCAAGUAGUAAUUGGUACACAUUUCUGGAAAAGCAGUGUCCGUGUUGUUAUGUACACCUCCAAAAAAAUUCAGAUCUGUAGGGGAAUUGUUGUGUAAAGUAAACUGAACUGCAGGGUAGCAGUAUUUUAGUAGCUGUUAGAGGCGUGUAUUUACUGUAUUAAACAUGAGUAAAAGAAAGACCAGUGACCCACCAAUAGGAAGAGUGAGUGGGGCAGCCUUUCCUUCUCCCACUGCUGCUGAGAUGGCAGAAAUUAGUCGAAUUCAGUACGAAAUGGAAUACACUGAAGGUAUCAGUCAGAGAAUGAGGGUCCCGGAAAAGUUAAAGGUGGCACCACCGAAUGCUGACCUGGAGCAAGAGUUUCAAGGAGGAGUUCCAAAUGCUAGUGUGAUUAUGCAGGUUCCCGAGAGGAUCGUCGUGGCAGGUAAUAAUGAAGACAUUCCAUUUUCAAGACCAGGGGAUCUUGACCUCAUUCAGUCGACUUCUUUAAAACCUCUGGCACUAAAAACACCACCUCGUGUACUUACAUUAAGUGAAAGACCGCUAGAUUUUCUGGAUUUAGAAAGACGUUCUCCAACCCCUCAAAAUGAUGAAGUCCGUGCGGUUGGCAGGCUAAAGAGAGAGCGCUCUAUGAGUGAAAACGCUGUGCGCCAGAACGGACAGCUGGUCAGGACGGACUCCAUGUGGCUCAGAUCAGAUUCUGCCCCAAGAAAUAAAAUGUCAAGGUUCCAGUCACCGAUUUCUGCACCGGAGUACACUGUGACACCGUCGCCACAACAGGUUCGGGUCUGUCCUCCCCGUGUGUUCCCUGAAGACGGAGCUAAUCUUUCCUCUGCGCGUGGCAUUUUGUCGCUUAUCCAGUCUUCUACCCGUAGGGCUUACCAGCAGAUCUUGGAUGUGCUGGAGGAAAACCGCAGUGCAAGAAGACAAAACGAAAUGCGUUGUGAAAGACCUGUGUUGCGUGGUGGGUCUGCCGCCGCCACUGCUAAUCCGCAUCAUGACAACGUCAGGUAUGGCAUUUCAAACCUGGAUGCAGCAGUUGAGGGGACUGCAGACGACAUGACCGUUGUGGAUGCAGUUUCGUUAAGACGACAGAUAAUCAAACUAAACCGCCGCCUGCAACUUCUGGAAGAGGAAAACAAAGAACGUGCUAAAAGAGAAAUGGUCAUGUAUUCGAUCACUGUAGCGUUCUGGCUGCUUAACAGCUGGCUCUGGUUUCGCCGCUAGGGGUAACCUCAGCUCUCAAAAAAUAUUGUCUCGACAGCUGGAAAUAUAAAGAAUUUGCAAGCUUCUUUGUUUCUGUGUUUGCGUUGUAUGCCAUUUUACAGUCCGUGUCCUGAAAUGGUGCUCCUCCGGAAAGGAGGGGAAGACUCGUGCCGGCAGAAGUGGAGGAGGCUGCUCUGUCACUUAACCGCAUCCCCUUUUAACCGGUCCCGCAGUGGCGCCUGCUCAGAAUUCUCCCUCUGCAUGUGUUGUGAAUAGGCUCUGAUUUGGGUUUUUUUUUUUUUAAGGAAUUAAUUUUUUUGCCUCAUCAGUCUGCACAGGUAAUUCUCUUAGUGGAAGAGGGGUAGAGAAUGGAUUUAGAAAAGUAUGUGUAAAAAGAAGAAUGUUCUGUCCUGUUUCUCAAUCACUAUUAAACAGUUAUGUUAACAGACAUGCUUGCAUCCACAUUUCAGCGUUAAUACUUAUAAAGUCAUGGUCUGGAAUCAGAAUUAAUAAAAUCAAGCCGCCUCAUGUUUCAUGAUCACCUUUAUUAAAAUAAUUCCUGACAUUUUCAGCAGUUUAUCUAAUAUGUGUGUAAAAUGCGCAUUCUUGUUUUUAUUUUAGUUUUUCAGGUGGUUUUCUAUAAAGUACAUUUUUACUAAGUUUAUGUGUGAAUGAUUUAAAAAACCACAGAAUAAAGUACAAUUGUAGUGUAUUUAAUAAACAUUCAACCAAAGCA